UUGAUGAACCAUGAUCCGAGUGAUCUUGGAUCACUGAUCCUGAUCCAGAUCACCCCAAAGGAACGUACCCUUAUUUUAACUCAGUAAAAUUCCGCUCCACUCCGCCGACUUAGCCGCCACUUUCGCAAUGUCGCGGGCCGCACAAGGGUGUUGACAGGAUUCAUGGUCAGCGGAUAACCUAACGAGACUAAAAGGAAAAUGGCGGCAGGUACCGUGGGAAAAUGUUUGUUCUUUCAUCUUCUAUUUCAUUCUAUUUUACUCGUCACGGGGGUUCUAACGUGCAAGGAUAUCUUUGUUUCAAACCUUUCAAGUGAUAUCACUUUUGAAGUGCCCCGAAACGAAAGUUCAAAUGUAGCCGUUUGUGUACACGGUGGUGCACUCACACUAUCUCACAUAUGGGGAAGUGUUAAAGUACUGCUUGAAUUUGGCGAAACAGAGGUGCAGUUUUACGAGCCUGAAAGUUGUUCUGCCCUCAAUCCAGUCAAUCAGUCUUGGGCAUCUGUCUUGCAGUCUUUCGUUACAAGCAGGGAUGUUAUGGAUCAUAUAGUUUUUAAACACUCACCAUUCAGGACAUCGUGCUCAGCAGUUAAACUUGAAGAAAAGCAAGAUGUGAGAAUUGAAGUUGCAUUUCAAGGUGAUAAAAGUAAUAUCAGUUUAAAACAAUAUUGUAUCAUCAGCUUCUGUGUGUGUUACUAUCACGGCCCUGUGACGAGCGGCAGAGGACUGGACCUCAUACGCUGGAUGCUGCAGCUUGUUGGCCUGACGCUACUCUACAUGGGUACUCGCUCAGAUGUGGUGUCGUUCGGUGUGAUAAGCACUGUGUUUUUGUCGCAUGUUAUCCGCAGCAGUGACAUACUAAUGGGUGUUAUAAAAAUGAUGCCUCGACACUGGGUUUCCUACAGAGUCUAUUACUUCUUCUUCCCUCCAAAACACAAGUUCCUAUCACAGGAGGAAUAUGUUAUCCAAGGAUCCCAGGAAACAAGUCGAGCUUUGGACGAUCUGAGAGAAUAUUGUAACAGUCCCGAAUGUAACACGUGGCAAGUGGUUAGCAGGCUAAAGCAUCCUUCCAGAUUCGCUUCAUUCGUGGCCAGCGGACAGCACAUUCUGGAAGAGGAAAUGAAGAUCUACGACUACGAUCCCACGCCAUGGCUGACUUCUGAUAGCGAUGGAAAUGACAGCGAUCCAAAUAACGAUCUAUUACACAGUUUUGUUGAUUUUAUCGUUUUUAGGAAUAGUGUGUUCUUUUAUUCAUCUGGUGUCUCACUUGGCCUCAUCAUGUCCUUGUUGAUGCUUGUUUACAUUCUUCACAGACUCAUUCCUGGGAGAGGAGGUGCAUAUGCUGUUUUAAUCGGAGGCUGGAGUCUGGCAGCUUAUCUAAUUCAGUGGACUUGGGGCAACUUGAAAGACCUGAUUGUUAACCACAACCAGUGGGUCAUUGGAUAUCUUGUUGUAGUAGGUAUCAUCAGCUUCUGUGUGUGUUACUAUCACGGCCCUGUGACGAGCGACAGAGGACUGGACCUCAUACGCUGGAUGCUGCAGCUUGUUGGCCUGACGCUACUCUACAUGGGUACUCGCUCAGAUGUGGUGUCGUUCGGUGUGAUAAGCACUGUGUUUUUGUCGCAUGUUAUCCGCAGCAGUGACAUACUAAUGGGUGUUAUAAAAAUGAUGCCUCGACACUGGUGAGUCAGCAGUCGAGAUGGGAACAUUAUUUUUCGAGUUCCUCUUUCAAAUUCCUUCUCAAUCUUACCAAAGCUUAGCCAUCCAUGUUUCAUUCCGUCAAGACAUUCAAAAUGAAUAGUUUUUUGAGGAUGUGUCAGUCAUUCAGUCACCUGGCCGCGGUUGUUCGAAGGUUGGAUAACGUUAUCCAUCGGAUGAGUGUUAACAAAGCAAACUACACUACAAAACAAAACCAACUACGCCAUCCACUGGAUAGUGAUUUAUCCAUUGGAUAGCAUUAUCCACCUUUCGAAAAACCAGGGCCUGAUAUAGAUGUAUUCCGUCUUAUAAGAUAAUCUGUAUCCUUGCAACGAAAACCACUAAAAAACGACCUUUAAGAUGUGGCCAAAAAUAUGUGGAAACGUAUUUCUCAUC